CGCGAGCCCACCGAGCCCGCGCUCAGAAGCCUGAUCUCCCACCGGCAGGCCGCCGGAUUCGGGAGGCUGCUGGGUCCGUCCUCUUCCCCAAGUGCAGGCAGAGCCCCCUGGAGCCAUGGCCAGCCCUUCCUGCAGCCCCGAGGACGCGGGCAAGCUCAGAGGCAGGGAUGGCCGGCAGAGGCGGGAGGAGGAGGAUGCCCCUCCGGAGGAGAAGAGGUUGAAGCUGGGGCUGGAGGGAGGAAGCGCAGCGGACGAGGAAGGAGAAGACGCGCCACGUCUGGGCAGGGAGGAGACCGGCACCCAGACGGGUGGCGAGGGCAGAGGCGAUCUACUGUCCCUGCCAUACAGCCUGGUCGAGGAUCAGGACUACAAAUCUGAAAAGUCAGCCCUCCUUUCCAGCGCCAAGAACAGUCUGCAGGACUCAGUAAGUAGAAGCAUUUUGCUGAACAGAUUAGAUUCUGAAACUGCCUUUGCCUCCUUCCCAGCCUCCCUGGUCUCCGUCAUCAAUCACCAGGAGUGGUUUGUACCUGAAACUGAUCUUGCUGGAGAGAUUUCGGCAAGCCUGGCUGUCAGCAGAGCCGAGGAAACUGCUCAAAGAACUCAUGCAAGUGGAACUUACAGCUUCCUUGAUCGGACUCAGCUCUCAGAUAUCAAAGCCGACUGCAAUACCUGUGUGGAAAUAGAGGACAGAAAGGUUUCAAGACAACAGAUGAAUUGUGAAAGCCAGCAGCUAAGGGGUAAUCAGGAAGCAGCCGCUGCCCCUGACACAAUGGCUCAGCCUUAUGCUUCGGCCCAGUUUGCACCCCCCCAGAACGGCAUCCCCGCGGAAUACACGGCCCCUCACCCCCACCCCGCGCCAGAGUACACGGGCCAGACCACCGUCCCCGAGCACACGUUAAACCUGUACCCUCCCGCGCAGUCACACUCGGAGCAGAGCGCAGCGGACACGAACGCACAGACCGUCUCGGGCACCGCCACACAGACAGAUGACGCGGCGCCGACGGAUGGUCAGCCCCAGACACAGCCUUCUGAAAACACGGAAAACAAGUCCCAGCCCAAGCGGCUACACGUCUCCAACAUCCCCUUCAGGUUCCGGGAUCCCGACCUCCGACAAAUGUUUGGCCAAUUUGGUAAAAUCUUAGAUGUUGAAAUUAUUUUUAAUGAGCGAGGCUCAAAGGGAUUUGGUUUCGUAACUUUCGAAAAUAGUGCCGAUGCGGACAGGGCGAGGGAGAAAUUACACGGCACCGUGGUAGAGGGCCGUAAAAUCGAGGUAAAUAAUGCUACAGCUCGUGUAAUGACAAAUAAAAAGACUGUCAACCCUUAUACAAACGGCUGGAAAUUGAAUCCAGUUGUGGGUGCAGUCUACAGUCCCGAAUUCUAUGCAGGCACCGUGCUGUUGUGCCAGGCAAACCAGGAGGGAUCUUCCAUGUACAGCGCCCCCAGUUCACUUGUAUAUACUUCCGCAAUGCCCGGCUUCCCGUAUCCAGCCGCCACCGCCGCGGCCGCCUACCGAGGGGCGCACCUGCGAGGCCGCGGGCGCACCGUGUACAACACCUUCCGGGCUGCAGCGCCCCCGCCGCCGAUCCCGGCCUACGGCGGAGUAGUGUAUCAAGAGCCUGUGUAUGGCAAUAAAUUGCUGCAGGGUGGUUACGCUGCCUACCGCUACGCCCAGCCUACCCCUGCCACAGCUGCUGCCUACAGUGACAGAAAUCAGUUCGUCUUCGUUGCAGCAGAUGAAAUUUCUUGUAACACCUCUGCAGUUACGGACGAGUUUAUGCUGCCGACCCCUACCACCACACACUUGCUCCAGCCCCCACCUACAGCGUUGGUGCCAUGAAUGCUUUUGCACCCUUGACUGAUGCCAAGACUAGGAGCCAUGCUGAUGAUGUGGGUCUCGUUCUUUCUUCAUUGCAGGCUAGUAUAUACCGAGGGGGAUACAACCGUUUCGCUCCAUACUAAAUGACAAAACCCAUUAAAACCUUCCAAUGUGGGGAGAAAGGAAGCUUUCCGAGGCCUGGGUAUCGCAAUACAUGCAGUAGUGCAUCAUUUUAGCCACUCUAAACAAUUAAAAAGAGGGGGAAAAAAAAAAUUACAUUUUUUAUCUUAUACCUCAGAUAUUUUGUUCUGUGUAUUUUAAUAUUGUGGGUCUUUCAUUUCUGAAGGUUUCGUAGUUCGGUCGCCGGCUGUAGGAGUUUUUGUGGUUGACCUAGAGAGAUGCUCGCUAUGAAAUAAAAACUGGUUUAGGGCUGUGGCUAGAGUGCUAACUCAUGUCAAAUGAAUCACCUGUGCCGACUGUUAAGCUACUGGGGUUAUCCGCUGUUUGGGAAGAGCUCAAGUGACGACAGUAGUCAUUUUUUUCUGCAUCUGCAUUAUUUUGUUUUACAAAAGGGGGAAGGGCAGGAGGGAUGCGCACGGAUUUGGCCGAGAAAGAAAAAGCAGAUGGUAACCGAUGAAUCUAAACGACCCACUGCACCAACAAUCAUAUAUCCGCGGUUCUAAGUUACUCACUGGCAGUUCAGGCCAAAGGUUGCGGGGUUCAGGGGGGCUGGGUGGCCGCCCGUAGCACGUAAUCAUCCAAGUUGAACAAAGCUGUGCAAACGCACCCUUUAAACCAUUCCGCCCGGCAGUAUUCAGCUUCUUAACCAGCCGCUAGUUAUUCAGGCAAAAAACUGCUAGUUAGGCCAUCAAACAAGCAUUCUUUUUAUAUUUCUUCCAGUAUAAUAAAUUAUUGAUAUCAUUGCUGACUUUUAUAUUAUGGGAGGGAAAAAAAAUAAUAAUAACAUUAAUAAAAAGGUGAUUAAAAAGCACUGUUUCUAUUUUUUUCUUUUUUUCCAAAAAAAAGAAAGUAAUAAAAACUUAAAUUCUUUGUACCAGUUAAAAAAAAAAAAUGUAUAAAAUUUACAUCUGUGCAGUGGAGUUAAGUUCUAGAAACAGUCUCUGAAGCUUUAGUUUUAGCCUAGUUGAAAACCUGUUAGAGACAGAUGUAUAAUUUUUAUGGAAUUACAUGAUAAUCAUAUUCGGAUUUAUAGAAGCAUUUUACAAGUAUUGCAAUCGUUGAGUAGAGAUAAUCACGGUAUUUUCAUCCGCUUGGUACUUUUUGAAACAUGACUGUGUUGUGUGAGCAAUCUGCAAUUUUUCAGUCCGUGAGAGCCUGCCCUCCUAAUUCUCCCCGGAUCCCAGGGAUUAUUUCGAACCAGUAUCUUUAGUUCUGUCUCCAAGGCCCAGGACACUUGUCAGAAGGAAACAAAAGAGGAGGUGCACCCACUCCGACCCCAAAGAACAAAGUCCCCCCCCCCGCCCCCACCUCGGAAGCAGGGCCAGAGUGACACAGCCGAAAAAUUGCAGUUUGUCUGAACUUCUUCUGUUUGAACUCUUUCCACGUUGUCCUGUUUACAAGUUAACCUACGUUGGGGUAUCUGUCGCGGGUCUUCCUGUUUUUGUAUUUAAAUAAAGAAACGGCAGCCAGCCGCCCCCAGUAGUCCUGCUGCUAUAGUUAGACCUCUAUGUGUGCAGUGCGGGCUCUGUGGCACACACUUUAGUACGUGAUCCGCUCACCGCCGUGGGCCUGCCAAUCCGCUGUAACAACUCUGCUUCCAAACAAAACCAAACAAAACUUUAAAAAAAAAAAAAAAAGUGUCUCUGUGGUCCAGCUUUCUCUCGUCAUCUUACGUGCAUGCAAGUAAGAUCAGUUGGAUAAUUAAACCAUCAAUAAAGUUUCACCAGAUUUGAAAACCAAGUUUCUGUAGCUUCGGUAUCUAAGACAGAUGAUCAUUAUCUAGAAAGGGAAGGGGGAAAACCCGCCUAGCAGCCAAAAGCCUAAAAAAAAAGUUCUUUUCACUGGAAUGACGUGGGUGGGGAAGGGGUGGGGUGGAGGGGGUGUUUUAUCGCAUCACUAAGACGUUCUCAUCCCCCCCCCCAACCCACCUGAAAACGAUGUUCUGGCAAUGGAUGCCUGGUUGACGUUUUUUUUAAAGAAAACAACUUCUUAAAACGUUAAGGCAUCCUGCCCCAGAGGCCAGAACGGUAGAAAGAACAGGGGGGCUUGGGAGAACAAAUAGCUUUCUCCCGACUGCCUUGGAUCUCAAAAUCCAGAUUUUGCAUUGUAUUUGAAAUCAGAAACAUAGAUUUCUUACCGUGUUGGUUCAAGUAAAAUUAAUUUGCAGUUUUGAUUUUCAUCAAUGAGCUGUACUUUUCCCCCAUGAUUGUAUGUAGUUUUAAUAAAAUCAUUUAGAGCAAGUGGGUGCCAAAUGAUGUUGCCGAAUCUUUGUCUAGGCACUCUUCCAAGAUGCCAAUAAGUCAUUUUAAAAAUGUAUGUCAGAGAUGUAAACAAACAUUUUGGAUUUUUUUAAGACAGUAUUUAUUUGGAAUGUUUUCAUUUAUCUAAAUAACUAUUGCUAUUAUGAAUUAUGGAAAAAAAAAGAUUAAUAUCAUGUGUGGCAUAUAGUGACUUCUUAACACACACAUCAUGCAAUCGCAAACCCAGAAAAUGUGUAUAUCUGUCUUUAGAAAUUAGUGUUUAUAUCACUUACAGUGGUUUGUGAAUAAAGAAAACUGGUUUGUAAUAUCAAAAAAUAAAAGCUUAGUCUGAAAAGGUCCACGUGA